GGUAGUUCAAUCUUAUCUACUCUCAAUAGAUAACUCAAUCUUCAAUAACUGAUUCACUUCCUUCACUUCAUUCGCUUCGACGAAGCUUACUGGAUUACCACUCACAAUCUACCUUCGCUACUACGGUCUACCUGAUCUGGAAUAACCCAAUAUCAAAGAUCUAGUAUAAAUCUUUCAGCUUUAUGCAACUACUAUAUCAUUGUCUUGCUCAAUACUAGAUAUCAUACUUUUAUCUUGUAUUCGCUUCAUAUACAAAUAUCUAAGCGAGAAAGCACCCCACCGUGCAACAAUGUCGGAUAAUAAUAUGGAUAAUGUACAGAUGGAAGGCUCGAGUGUACAAGAGGCCAAUGAAACCAUCUCGUUUGCCGGAGCUUUUGAAGAGUACAAGAUUGAUAAGGAGCUUUUGUGGCGCAAAGUUCCAGUCAUAGCAGGCGAAGAAAGACCUUACUUCUCUACCGACUUGGGCCUGACAACCGAAACAUUCGAGGCGUUCCUAUUAUGGAUCAACACGGACAGGCUGCCAGAAUUGAACGUCAUUUACAUCGAGAAAGAUCAUAUAUUAGAGUACUAUGGUUACAACCACGAAAUGCUCUACAGAGCAGCCCUCUGGUUCGACUUGAAAGUUUUGGCCGACAAUAUCAUGGAUUGUAUCAGAAAAGUCCACGUAUCUUUCGGCAUUGGAUUCACCAAGAUUGAGAUCAAGAGAAUAUAUGCGCAGCAAUUUACACGUUGGGGACUGAGUUACUAUGCCGCUUUAUGGAUUCAUCUCGAGGACACACGUCCAAACGACUACAUGAAGGCUACGACCAAGGCUGACCGUGACGCUCUCUUGAAAGACCGAGUAAUUGCUCAAAACGUGCAUAACAUUUCUGGACCAUGGUUUCCAGGAAACCAAAGCGCAUGCAUGUUUCAUAUUCAUGCUGCCAGUCAGCCUUGUCUACAAAACUACGAUAUCGCAGUCGGCUUGUGGGUUAUUGAUAAAAACGGCGAGGACAUGAGCUUGGAUAAAUGGAAAACCAAGAAGCUUGCGGAACAAACACCCACUGCUGGCGGUCAGUCAAACCUUUAACUUUCAGAAUCUCCCAUCAAUACUCGCCCUGAGUGGGUGAUAUUGAUCGAUGAAGAACCCUGACUAUAUUAGAGAGUCUUCAAUUUCUUGAGCACGAAUAAAGUUUCGUGUUUAGGAAAGCGUAAUGAUGGCAUGGUUAGAUUUCUGGCUAUCCUCCAUCAAAUCAUUUUUUGUUAUUUCGUGGAACUAAGGGCACGUUCAAUGGUUUACACGGGGAGUUCAACAGCAGAACAACCCAUCAAUUUGAGGCAUAACCAUCAUAUCGUACAAUAACCCAGCGAUCAGAUAUUCCAGAUAUAACUUGCGAGCUGUUUUACUAGAAUGUAAAUAAUUGUUUA